AGCAUCCACUUCAGCCUCCCCCAUUGUGCAUUCACUCCUCCUCCAUUCAUUUUCGACUCGGCAUCAUACAUCCGCAGACAACCUCAAAAUAAUAGGAACAAGCAUUGGCUUUCACAUCUCGAGGGAGCAACCAGCUCCUCGGCUAUUGUCAAUAUGAUCUCCGAUAAAUAUGUUGGCCUUAUCCUGGCCAUUCUGUCAACAAUGGCAAUCGGUACGAGUUUUGUCAUCACGAAAAAGGUUCGUCCUACCAUCAUGAAGUUGUCCACCAGCAAUCACACUUCCGGUCUAAUGCAAGCUUCGGAAAGACACGGGUUUGAAGGAGAAGGCUUCUCGUAUUUGAAAAGUCCCAUCUGGUGGGGUGGGGUCAUUACUUUGGCCAUGGGAGAAAUUGCCAACUUUGCGGCUUAUGCUUUCGCGCCUGCCAUCCUGGUUACGCCUUUGGGUGCGCUGAGUGUCCUUAUUGGUGCCGUCCUUGGUUCCUACUUCCUGAAGGAAAAACUGGGCGUUCUGGGCAAAUUGGGGUGUGCCAUGUGCCUACUUGGCUCAGUGGUAAUUGUUCUCCAUGCGCCCCCAGACAAACCGGUGGAAAGAAUCGAUGAGAUUCUGAGCUAUGCGCUGCAACCAGGAUUUCUCGUUUACUGCCUUGCUGUCGCGAUUUUCUCCACCGUCAUGAUCUAUCGAGUUGCGCCCGUCUACGGCAAGAAGAAUCCAUUGAUUUACAUCUCGAUCUGUUCCACCGUCGGCUCGGUUUCAGUCAUGUCUGUCAAGGCAUUUGGCAUCGCGGUGAAGCUGACCUUAGGGGGGAACAACCAAUUUACUCAAGCAUCGACAUAUGUGUUCAUGAUUGUCACUGGCUUUUGUAUCUUGACCCAGAUGAAUUACUUCAACAAAGCACUUAAUCAGUUCUCCACGUCGAUUGUCAAUCCGCUAUACUAUGUCACGUUUACAACUGCCACGCUUUGCGCUUCAUUUAUUCUCUUCAAAGGUUUCAACACCAGCGAUGCGGUGAACACAAUUUCUUUGCUCUGCGGUUUUCUGACUAUAUUUGCCGGCGUUUACCUCCUGAAUCUAUCUCGACAUGACCCAGAUGGGCGACAGAUGCUGAAUUACAAGCUUGACGAUGAAGGCGUUCCCACAGAUGGAAUUGCUGGCUUUCAAACGCGACGGUCUAUGCAAUCUCGGCGCAGUAACGAGCCACAUCGCCGGAGCUCUUCGAGCUUCGCAUAUAUGAACGGGAAUGGAGACCGCGAAGGGCUGAUCCGCGCGUAUGACGUCGAGAACCAGGCCUUUGGGUUAUCAGAAAUGAAUGAAGGGAGCGACGGAGAGCCAGGUCCUACCUAUGCACGAAGCGAGGAGCUCAGUCGUACCUCACAGCGACCCAAUAAGCAUGACACGCUAUAGUAUGAUACGAUGCUUACACUUGAUCAUUUCCCCUUCCUCUUUUUCUCUUUGGCUCUCAUCCUUUCAAGAUU